AAUGAUUGACGUGGCCGCCAUUUUCCUACUGGACGCCCUGUUCCCAUUGUGUAUGAGAUAGUAAAUACUGACACUGCUAGACAACCAUAACAUUUAUUUCCUUGCGAAAAAACGUUUAUAUUCACAUCAGGUGAUAACUAACUUGUCAUGGCUCGUACCAAGCAGACUGCCCGUAAAUCCACUGGAGGAAAGGCUCCACGUAAGCAGCUGGCCACCAAAGCUGCCCGCAAGAGUGCACCUUCCACAGGUGGGGUAAAGAAGCCCCAUCGUUACAGGCCCGGCACUGUGGCCCUGCGUGAGAUCCGUCGGUACCAAAAGUCCACUGAGCUGCUGAUUCGCAAGCUACCCUUCCAGCGUCUGGUGAGGGAGAUUGCUCAAGACUUCAAGACUGACCUGCGCUUCCAGAGCGCUGCCAUCGGAGCCCUACAGGAGGCCAGCGAGGCCUAUCUGGUGGGUCUGUUCGAGGACACCAACCUGUGCGCCAUCCAUGCCAAGCGUGUCACCAUCAUGCCCAAAGACAUCCAGCUGGCACGUCGCAUCCGCGGGGAGCGCGCUUAGAUGCCACACUCCUUUUUUCUUUCGCUCUUUGACGUUUCACCUCUUCUUUUUUUUUAUUUUCUUUAUGCCUCUCCAUCUCAGUCCCCUCUCCCUGUUUUCUUCUUGGUAGACUUAGAGUAACCGUUUAUUAUGAUGAGAUAGAAGCGUUUUGAAAAGUCUCGUCUCUCAUAGGUUUUUGUCUUGAGCAGAUGUUUUAGGAUACCUUUUUUCGUGCAUGUAGUUAGGUGUCGCUGAUCCAGACACACGCACGCGUACACUUUAAGGUGUAAACCGAGCGUUCUCAGCUCUCAUGCAACAAAACUCCACUGUGGUGAUCAGGGACAUAUCAGGUGAGUGUGUUUUGGGACAGGUGUUGGGUUUUUUUGCAGCACAAACACACAUCUGACCAGAAGGGCAUCACCCGGGGGCUAGUCUGCUUUAGGGGAGUGGCAACUUCCACAGCAGGGUGCUACUUAAACUAACCCCAGGGCCUCGUGUUGGCGUGCGUGUGCUCUGAUCAGCCAUGCACAUUGUAUUCAAUGGCAAACAAGUACCUUCUCGGUUCACUUAAACAUGUUUGAUGAUUACUGUCAUUGUGAAUAUGGUGUUAAUUUUUUAAAUAAUUCAUACAUAUGCACAUCUUUUCUUUUUACCAAUGCCAGAGACCUCAACAAAAUAAUAAGUAAAGUGAUUGAUGUUUUACAACAUGGCAAAUAUAGGUUUUUACAGAGUAAUUUUUAAACCGAUCAGGAAGCGCUUUUUUGUUUCAUAAGAGCUCCUGUUCCAGUGGCAGCCACACAGGGGGCGAUGUGUACCAGCCAGCCUCCUCUAAGUUAUUCUGACCAUCAGUCUGUCCAUGAUACUAUGCUACACUCAACCUCUUCACCUUAAGUCUGUCUCUAAAAGUUGGCAUUAGCGUUGUCACACCAGUAUAAGACUUUGUACUAGCGAGAGUUGCUCUGCACGUUUGGGUCCUUUUCUGUCUCUUUUUCACACUUCCUCUGUAGAUCUGAACAUAGAAUCUGUUUCCUCAAAAUUUGUGAUACACAAUAUAACCUCAUGUUUGUUUUCUUAUAUAUUUUUCUUAUUCCUCAAGAGUUUCUGAUGUUUAAGCUGAUCUCUGUAUUUUCCAAAUUUCUCAUAUUAUGGUGGUAAUAAAUAGAUGUUACACAAAAUAGGAGUCUUUCAGUCUUCAAUUCUUGUUGUGCAUGUUAUCUGUAACUGUUGUACAAUUUAAAUUUUAUGAAACAUUACAGUGGCCUACCCCUUGUUUAAAUGAAUAUCCCAGUACCCAGCAGUUUCUUUUUGUAUUCCAUUGUAUAUUUUUGGUCCGUAUCUCAAGCAACAUAUCACUGGUCUUUUCUUAAUAAAAAUGUCUCACCU